GGUAAUGUCUAAAAGAGAGCUCGGUUUGACUUGGACUGCGAAGACAGUGAACCAAAAGUCUACCCGUUCGUAGUUCAAGACUCGCCCCAAUUCAUCAGAUUCAGAGACUUGAGAGUCAUAGUUUCAGUCUGGGUUCCCAAAUACACCUUUAUCAGAUUCAGACAUAAUUCCCGAGAGCUUAUUUUGUUUCCAUUUAUUUCCAAGAUUCAAAGUUUUGUGUAUUUGACAAAUGGAUUCAAGAGAACAGCAACCAUUAUUUGAUCUUAAUGAACCUGCUAUGGAGGAUGAUGAGAGUGACUUCCUCUUGUGCUUCAAGCCCAAAACGAUUGUCCUAAAUACUGUUGACAAUUUAGUUACAUCCAAGACAACCAUUAUAUCUUCUUCUAGAUCAGUAAAUAAUCAUCAGUUUUCUCAUACCUCUUCUGGUUCAGCCUUUCAGCCUUUCAUCAAGUCAAAAGGAGAUCGGGAGAAAGUAACUAAACUCAUGGAUCCAAGUGAUUGUAAUGUGAAUGUAGCAAUGAAUCCUUCUAGAAUAAUUGGUUUCCCCUCUUAUCGGCUUGAGAAGUGAAGGGUUUGUUGUGGGGACAAACUGUUUUAAAAGUUGUCUCAUCUAAAGUGACAAAACACGAAAAACUUGCAUAGCUAACCAACAUGUGUUUGUAUACUAUUCGCAUUUGAUACAUUUGGUUUCCUAUCACUAGAGGUUGUGGAACUUCUCAAUAGAGUUUAAUAG